UCCGCGCAUGCGCAGUGCCGGGCGCGCACCUGUGCCCAGGUGUCGCCAUGGAGGAGGGGCGGGACGGGCCGGCCCCGAGCCUGGAGCGCGCUGAGCUCCAGCCCGAGCCUAAACUCGAUCCCAAAUCCCAUCCCGAGCCCGGUGCCGGUGCUGAGCCCGGUGCUGGUGCUGAGCUCGAUACCGGUUCUGAGCCCGGCGCCGGUGUUGAGCCUGAUCUCGGUGUUUAUCCCGGUUCUGAUCCCGGUGCCCGUUCUCAGCUCGGUUCCAAUUUCGGGCUCCGUCUCGGUUCUGAGCCCGGUUCGGAAUGGGAGCGCCGGCAGCGAAUCGCCGCCCGCCGCAACCGCGUGGAUGUCCGGCGCCGGGAAGCCCUUGGAGAGGAGGUGGAGAAGGAAGAGGAGGAGGAGGAGGAGGAAGAGCAGGGAAAGGGCCUGAGGCUGAUCGAGGAGACCGGGAAGGUCCUGGCCAAGCUCCUUUUCCACGGGACGCAGCUGCUGACGAACGUCCGGGUGGAAGCGGAUCUGCGGGAAUCGCAGAGGCGGGAAAAGGAGGGGGAGGAGAAGCGCAAGAGGCUGGAAAAGCUGGAGGCGGAAGCCAAGCGCGGCACGGAGAAGCUGGGGGAGAUCAAUUCCAGGUGGGCCCUGGCGGGGGAUCUGAAGGUCCCGCAGGAGUUGUGGGAGCUGCUGGAGCAGCAGCGGGAUCAGUGCGAGCAGCUCCUGGCGGAGAAGAACACGCUUAUCCGAGAGCUCCAGCAGGAGCUGGAGGCCAAGGAUUCGCAGUACGAGCAGGCCCUGAAGGAGCAGGGGCAUGAGAUCCAGGUGCUCCUGGAAAGGAUGGAGGAGCAGACCCGGAAUAUGCUCCGAAACUACCGGCACCACGUCUGCCAGAUUGAGAAAACAUUCGAGGAGGAGCGUCGGGAAAUGGUGGUGAGCAAUCGGAAAAGGUGGAACGAGGCGAUCCAGGCCCACAACGAGCAGGAGCUGCAAUUCCUGGGGGAGCAGAUGGACAAGGCGCUGGAGUUCGAGAAGAAGCUGAACGAGCUGCAGGAGGACAGCGUGGAAUCCUACGACAGCAUGAAAUUCCAGCUGGAACAGGAUGUGCAGUACCUGGAGAAGAGGCUCCGGCAGAUGAAGGGACUUUUCCACCUGAACCAGGUGAAGCUGGAAUACAACCUGGACGUGCUCCGGCAGCUGGACGUGGAGAAUUCCACGCUGCGAUCCCUGCAGAAAAGGAAAAUCAACCGACUCCAGACAUCCCUCAGCCUCCUGAGGGACAAAAUGGCCAACCAGGAAAAGAAAUUCCAAGAGGAAAGGCAGAGCCUGGAAUCCGAUCUGGAGCGGAUUGAGGUGCAAUUCCAGGAGGCUCAGAGCCGCAUGAGGGAUCUGGCGCGCGUCAGCGUCGAGAAAUUCCGGCAGGUUUGGAUCGUGAACGAGGAAGAGGCCAAAGCGCUGAUCCGGGAAGCGCUGGAUGCCAACCGGAUCAUCCACGUCCAACAGCUGGGAAUGCCGUGGGAAGAGCCCCACUUCUGGUUCAUGGAUAACGUGGGACCCUUGGGAGACCGCCGGGAGAAGAAGGAGGCGAUGGAGGUGAUCAUGGCGCUGCUGGAAGGUGGGAUCCGCAGAUUCCUCGGGAUCUUCCUCCCGUGUCUCGCCGAUCCUUGGUACUUCCGGGUGGGAUCUUCCAGGAUCCUGAGCUGGCUCAUUCCAAGGGAUAUUCCCAGUCUGUGUUUUCUUGUUUUUUUCCCCCUGUUUUCCCAGUCCCAAGAAGCAGCUCUCAUCCCAGGAGCUUUGUUUUCCAUGGAUUCCAGGCGGCUCCGAGGGAGCACAACCCAAAGGAUUUUUGCUCCCGUUUCCCUCUCUACUUUUCAGGGAAAACCUGGAAAACGGGAUCAGGGCGGGAGGAGGAGUACGAAGAAAGGAUCGGGACGCGGAGAAGGACGGAAGAAAAAGCUGGAGAGGCCCGAGAAAAGAGCCACAUCCUGGCCAAACGUGUCCAGGGAAACCCUCUGGAAUAUCCUGGAAGUCAUGACCGAGGAGGCGGAAUUCCUGGUGGAAAACAAACUCCUGAGGCCCCUGCGGGCGGUGGUGGGACCCAGGGACACCGUCCAGCAGCUCCGAACCAUCCUGGAGACCCUCCAGAUUGAAGAUGAGGAUGAGCUGCGGAAGCUCCUGGAUUUUUUCCUGUUCCGUGGAUUCCAGGAUGUGCCAGGAGAAAAUCCCAUGGAUGCGGCUCAGGAGCAAGGGAAUGGCAGAUCCCAAUUCCAGAGGGAUGAGUCCCAAUCCCCGGAGAGCUCCGUUCCUGCUCGGUCCAUCCAAGUGGACAAAGUUCUGAAAAUCCUGACGGAAUUCUUGCAGGAUUUUCCCAAGCUGAGGGAUGAAGGACCCCCUAGGGAGAUUCGGAACCUCCGGGACAACUCCAGGGACCAGGAAUACUGGGAAGCCAUGACCCACAUCAUUCCCGAGGGGACGCUCAAACUUUGGGAGGCGCUGGGAGCCGCGCUCCUGGAAUAUCACAAAGUGCUGACCCGGAGAUCCGAGCUUUCUUCCGAGGCCAUCGCGCUGCAGCGGCAGAACUCGGAGCUGGGAAUUCUGCUGGAGGAAUAUCUGGGAUCGGAACAGGGCCAGUGAGCUCGGCCCUCCCAUCCCUGUGGAUGUUCCAGCCACAAAUCCUGCCAGGAUGGAGCUAAGGCUGUGCCAGGUGUGGAUUUCCCUGGAUUUGAGCCAGGGAUUGCUGGCAGGGGUUAAUAAACCAUUCCCAAACCUG